AUGCCACAUCAGUCCCCAGAAGAACUCGCAGCACGACCGAACAAAGCACGGUUGCCACCAGACCAAGACCCCGAAACGGUAGUCCGGCAAGCGAAGCGCAUGUUUGGCGACACCCUCCCGAGCGGCUACUUGUCCGAUGAAGAAUACAUAGUCUACGAAAGGCUGUAUGGGGCUCCAAUGCGCCGCACAAGACCAGAAGAUGUUGGGUUUGGAUCCUUUGGCGAAUCUGAGGAAGACGUGGCAAAGAACGCACUACUUCGAGAGACUCGGCUUGGCGGGCUGGAAGAGGUGGAAUACACAUCGCAGUCUGUCCCCAGACUUGACGCUGGGGAAGAAGAAGCCAUGGCGGAGGAGCUGCUGACAGCGCGACCACCGAGUGAUGCGCAACUUGAGUACAUUGAGGCCAAUGCCAGCAAUCAGCGCGAGUACGAUGCCCUCUUGCAACUGCAAAAGGAUUUCGAAGCGGCCAGAAUCGUUGCAGUGCAAGAUGCGGUAGUUGCGGCGGCGCAAGACGCGGCAAAGGAGGCACAGCCGGAAGAAGAAGUCGAGGAGGAAUUCGAUGAGGAAUUCGAGGACGAGGAGGGCGAGGAAGAAGAUCUCGACGACACAGAACCAGAUGCUCAACUCCUGGAUUGGUACCCAGGCCAGGAGGGCCCGCGGCAACACCAGUACACGAUGGAAGGCCAGUUCAGAACAUCACCAAGCACGCUACAGCUGCCGAACGUCGAUUUCGUUGAACCAAUCACGGAACUGCUAAGGCGAACGGACACAAAACACAUCGGACCACGGCUGAGAAACACUUCGAAGGGUCUGGGCCUAGAAGCAGGGUACUACAGGAUGUCGGAAAUCGAUGCUGAUGCUUUCAUCGCCACAGCAUUGCCUGGCAUCUAUGCCUCAGUCACGAGCACUUUGGUAGAAGUGCGCAAGAGGCUUGGCCCUGAAUGGCUGCGCGGCCUUCUGAACCGCAAAGACGCCGACGGCCAAGGGCCUCGCGUGCUUGACGCUGGUGCUGGCGGUGCUGGGCUGGCAGCCUGGCAGAACGUGCUGCAGGCAGAGUGGGAUGUCCUGCGCAGCAACAAUGCGGAGACCGCGGAGCCGGACCCGGCACCAUCAGGGAAGAGGACAGUCAUUGUUGGGUCAAAUCAACUGCGACAUCGCAUAUCACGAUUUCUCGAAAACACACAGUUCCUGCCCCGACUGCCACACUACACACACUCAGUAGAGAACAUGGAGAAGCAACUUGAUGCUCCAGAGGUCCCACAGAAACGAAAGGUGUACGAUGUCAUCAUUGCCACGCACCUUUUGAUGCCCCUCGAGAAGGACUGGAGGAGAAAGGACAUCCUUGACAACCUGUGGUCGUUGUUGUCACCCGAGGGCGGUGUCCUAAUUAUGCUGGAGAAGGGGCACCCAAGAGGCUUCGAGGCCAUCGCUGAUGUGCGCGAAAGGCUUCUAGAGGAUUUCAUCGUCCCGCCCACACCUGGUGGCGCACCGGAAGCCAUCGAGCAGGAUGUGGAGCGGACCCGUGAGCCUGGCAUGAUCGUCGCGCCGUGUACGAACCACUCCAAAUGCCCCAUGUACUUGAACCCAGGCAUGAGCCCUGGUCGCAAGGACUUCUGCCACUUUAGCCAGCGAUUUAUUCGUCCUCCCUUUCUGCAAAGGAUCUUGGAGGCGAAGCAUCGCAAUCACGAGGACAUCAACUUCAGCUACAUUGCGGUACGCCGCGGUAUGCCGGCUUCAAACCCGGCACCAGCCGAGGCGUCCCCAGCAGUAGCUGAGGGCAGUGCUGAGCCUGUCGGCGUGAAGCCCGUCCGCCAGGGCGUGGAGGCCACAACAAAGGCCUUUGCAGGCUACGAGGAUGUGGCCUCAGACAGCUCAGACCGUCCUCAGCCCCUCUCUCUCCCACGCAACAUCCUUCCACCGCUCAAACGCAAGGGCCAUGUCACGCUCGACCUCUGCACGCCGGCUGGCACCAUCGAGCGGUGGACCGUGCCGCGGAGCUUCAGCAAACAGGCGUACCACGAUGCACGCAAGGCAAGGUGGGGCGAUCUGUGGGCUCUGGGCGCGAAGACUCGCGUGCGGCGUACCGUACGACUCGGCAGGGGCAUCGCGGAAGGCGAGGUCAUACCUCAGGACGGCGGCGUCCGGGCCACCAGGGCUGUCGCGAGCGGGAAGAAGGGCCGCCCCAAGGUCGUGGAGCUGGACUAUGAUGGCAAGGGCGUCUUGUCGGGCCGGCCUAGGGGUCUUGUUGGGCAGAGGCCCGAGAGGAGGACGAAGAGCGGGAGGAAACCGCCUAGGCCUAGGAACAUUGUGAAGGAUUCGGAAGAGGACGAGGACUGA